CUGAACCUAUUAUUAAAACAGGUAUGAUUAUGUUGUAAUAAUCAAUUUAUUUUUAUUGAUAAAUAUACGAUAAAUAUACAAUACAUUUUGCAUUAAAACUUAAAAUUUGUAUUCAAAUUAAAAAGGUCGCAUAAAUUUAUAGCUUCCAUUUUUGUGUAAAUUUUAUUUACAUCUUAAACGCAAGAGGAAAGAAAGUUAUUAAAUAUGUAUCUAUUUAUAUUUUUAAACUUUACACUUUACGUACUCUAUAAAUGAAAUGUAAUAAAUUUUUUUAUAUGCAGCAUUUCUAAUCUUAUCGAAAAAAAAUGCAGUUAAGAGUACAGAUUUAAAAUAUUAAAAAGUUAAAAAUUACACUGGAAUACUAAUUCAUUCAUAUUCAUUUUUGUAUCUUUUUGUUAAAAUUUUCUACUCACAAGGUAUUUCGGUAUUUUGCGUAAAGAAAUUCCUACAGAAAUAAUGUUUUAAUAAAUUGUAUGAAAUUUUAAUAUACGUUCAUAUAAAUCACAACGAAUUAUAGGAUUCAAAAUAUUCGUUAGCUAUAUUACAUUCUUAUAACAGUGGCGAAUGCAAGUAUGAUCUUACAGAGGUUAUGUAUGGCUUGUGGUAAUGUAUUUAAUGUUGGUUUUAGUUUGAUAACGAUCAUUUUAUGCAGCAAUGACACAUAUCAUUCGUUAAUGCAAUGUUUGCUUAAAAGUUUCGUCAUUGUAUAAGUCAACAAUUCGUUUCGACAUUACGAAUUUGUAUUGAUUUUUAUUAUGGGUGCUAUUAUAUGGUGCAAAUUUGCCAAAUUUUUGAUGAUAAAAAAUAGUAUUCGAAAAUUAUGUUUGAUUACUUGAAUGAUUAAAAGGUAUACAAUCUUAACUUAUAUGUUUAGAAAGUUUCAAAUAAACUAUAUUUUUUGAUAUUUUUUAAAAUUAUUAGAAUUAAUUAAACUGUUGAUGCUGUGCUAAUAAUGUACUUUUGAAUGUAAUCUUUACAUUUGUAGAUCAAUUUUUUUCAUCUUUAACUUGUACUUGGUUUCCUAUACAAACAUUAAAGAUUUCAGUUUUGAUUCCGUAUAAAAAAAAAAUAUAACUAUAUAAAUAAUGUUCUAUAAAAAAAAUUUAUGUUUUUAUUGUAUUAAAUUUCAAUUGGUUUCGUAUUUGAAAAAUUAAAAAUCUUGUAAAUAUAAAAUAAAUAAAACAUACACAGUUUGGGAAUAUAUAUUGUGAAACUUGAAAAAGAAGUCAUAAUAAAGAAACAAAGAAUUGAAACUAUUAUAAUAAAAAGAUGGGAUCUCAAAUAAUUACAUUUUGUAAAUUUUGUAAUCAGUCAUACAUUCAAACUUGUAUGAAACGACAUAUGGAAAGAUACCCAAAGUGUCCAAAAGAUGUCAGGCAACAAUUUAAACAAGUGCCAUAACAUAAUACACAAUAAGAAAUAGAAAGCUAAUAACCUUGACAUAAAGUGAAUAAUGGCUGAUCAAGGUACAAAAGAAGGAUUUGAUAAUUUAAGUAUAUUUUUACUUGAAACACUUAAUUCAACGCAACAAAACAUAGAUUCAUCAGUACGCAAUAAUGAACAAAAUUACACAAGUCAAAAUAGUACAAUCAUGGAAAGUCAGGGAAAUUAUGAAACCACAGAUGAAAAUUUUGCCAAUUGGAAUAGGGGGACAAAUCAAAAUGAUUCUCCAACUACUACAUCUGCUAUACCUCAAGAAUAUAUAUGUCAUAAAAGACAAUCAAGUAAUACUCAAAAACAAUUGUCUCAGUCUUAUUUGCACAGUAAAAUAUCUGAAGAUGAUUUAUUUCAUAAAAAGGCCGCAAGAAAAUUUGCAGAAUUAGAAGUACAACUUAAAGUCUUGGAAAUAGAAAGAUUACAAUGGGAACUUCAGAAAGAUAAAUAUCAAAGUGAUGUUCGUUGGGCUUAUGAACUUCGUAUCAUGCAUUAUAACGAAGAAAGAGCAAAACAUAAUAAAAGACAACGAAGUUUAACAAUCCCUUUUAGCUCAACAAUGUCGCAAUCAGGAAAUGCAUCCAUCGGGAAAUUAGCCAGCGUAAUAAAUGAUGAGAGUUACUAUUACGUUGGCGUAAAAGCCUCUCCAUUUGGGAGUUCUAGUAUUGUGCUUGGUUUAAAUUCGGACGAAAUUUUGGCUCUUUCCAAGCGUUUUCCAAACUCUGGGCCAAAUGUGGUCAACGGCAUUAUGAUCCAAGGAUCACCUUUUGCCAUCAUUAACGUCCUGGCAGAAUUAGGAUAUCGAGUUAUCUGUAGCACGGGAGAAUCCGAAGUACUUUGGACACUGCAAAGGGAAUUCGCAAUAUAAUGAUUUGGAUCGUGUAAAAGCCUUAUUGAAGAAAGGUGUUUCACCUAAUGCAGAAGAUUCUGCUGGGUAUACAGCGUUGCAUUACGCAGCUCGAAAUGGACACUAUAAAAUUUGUAAUAUUUUAUUAGAAAAUGAUGCAGCAGUGAAUGUACAAACACGUUGUGGACGUGCUACUGCUUUGCACAGAGCAGCUAUGCAAGGUUACUCGGAAAUCGUCGAACUAUUGUUAAGAUUCAAUGCAAACCCUAAUCUAAGGGAUGUUGAUGGCCAUACUGCUUUGCAUAGAGCACUUAUGGCACGCUCCAUAUCUGUUUGCAAAUUAUUGAUACCAUGUACUAAUUUAUCAUUGCUGAAUAGUAACACGCAGAAUAUAGAACAGUUAGUAAAAGAAAAAUGCUCUGACAUUUUACCAUUUUUAGUAACAUAUAUGAAUAAAGAAAAGUAAAUAAAUAAUCAAUGAAAAUAAUUUAAAUCUUCUAAAUUUCUUAAAUUUCUUAGUGUUCUAAAUUUCUUAAUUUUCUUUUUUCAUUGAAAAAAACCAAUGAUCCAAAUAUUAAUGUUUGCAAUAAAAUAAAUAUGUAACGAAAAUAGUAAAUGGGCUUGUGAUGUGUAUUUUUCAAGAAUACCGAAUUUUCUAAUUCGUUAAUAAUUAAGUUAUAACUGUACACAGAUAUAUUGUUAAUGGCAAUAAAUUGAUCUAUAUAACUCUC